AGAUGAAUGAUACUCCGCUUCGAGAGAAAAGCCUUUGUUUUUUCGAGCUUUCUUUGGACAAAUAUAACGUCGGUGUUUCCCCAAGUUGCGUAUGCGCGAACCGACCGUGAGACUCUUUCACUCACUCUGUGCGUGUGUGUGUGUCGCUCUCCCUGGAAAACUGCGUGCGUGAGCUGAAGAGAAGCGUGAGACAAAACCCAUCUGCAGAGACGUCCAUGGAAGGGCCGGGAUCAGCAAACCAGCCACUGCUUUCGAGAGCAUCAAGACUCGAUGAAGAUGGAGAGUCGGGGACGUGCCAAGAUGGCGGAUCAGUCAUUGCAAGUGUUCCUCCUCCUUCUGCUUCUUCUUCGGGGAAUUCGGUGGUUCUUUUCAGCUCCUUGGUUGCUGUCUGUGGCUCCUAUGCCUUUGGAAAUGCGGUCGGAUAUUCAUCGCCUGCCGAGAGGGGAAUCAUGGAUGAUCUAGGCCUUUCAUUAGCAGAAUAUUCUGUUUUUGGGUCAACAUUGACAAUUGGAGCAAUGAUAGGAGCAAUACCAAGUGGGAGGGUUGCAGAUCUACUGGGUCGAAGGGGUGCUAUGUGGGCAUCAGAACUGUUCUGCAUCACGGGGUGGCUUGCAAUAUUGUUUGCAAAGGGUGUCUGGUGGCUUGACAUGGGAAGACUACUGAUGGGCUGUGGAAUCGGGCUUCUCUCUUAUGUGGUACCUGUAUAUGUUGCAGAAAUAACACCCAAGAAUGCUAGGGGAGGAUACACAUCUCUUAAUCAGUUGAUGAUAGGUCUUGGGAAAGCAUUCAUGUUUCUCAUUGGUUCUCUCGUCAACUGGCGCAUUCUAGCUUUGAUAGGAACUCUUCCAUGUCUGCUACAGCUUCUUGGUUUAUUUUUCAUUCCCGAAUCUCCAAGGUGGCUGGCAAAAGUUGGUAGAGAAAGAGAGUUUGAAGCAGCUCUCCAGCGUCUGAGAGGAAAGAAUGCAAAUAUUUCUCAAGAGGCAUCGGAUAUCCAAGACUAUACGGAACACCUCCGUUGCAUUUCUGAGGGUGGAAUUGCAGAACUUCUCCAGUGGAAAUAUGCUCAUCCAUUAAUUGUUGGUGUUGGGCUGAUGAUAUUUCAGCAAUGUGGAGGCCUGAAUGGCUUUGUGUUCUAUACAAGUGCCAUCUUUGAAGCAGCUGGUUUUUCAACAACAAUAGGAACCAUAGUAGCAGCUGUCGUGCAGAUUCUAAGUACAACUUUGGGAGUACUACUGAUAGACAAGUCUGGAAGGUGCCCACUUCUACUGGUAUCUGCAGCUGGAGCGUGCUUGGGAUGUGUCUUCACAGGAUUGUCAUUCUUCUUGCAGGACCUUCGCGUUGGAGCAGAGCUUGUUUCCAGUUUGGUGCUUGUUGGAGUUUUGGUAUUUCUAGGUUCUUUUGAACUCGGGAUGGGAGGAAUUCCUUGGAUUAUAAUGUCGGAGCUAUUCCCGAUAAAUGUAAAGGGCUCAGCUGGUAGCUUAGUUAAUUUGGUCAGCUGGGUAGGAUCUUGGUUUAUCUCAUAUACUUUCAGCUACUUGUUUGAAUGGAGCUCAGCAGGAACAUUCUUUAUAUACGCAAGCAUUUGCGCGGUCGGUGUUAUAUUUAUCGCGAAACUUGUUCCCGAGACUAAGGGGCUGACGCUGGAAGAAAUACAUGCCUCCAUCACCAAUAAGAAUGACAGUUUUGAUGAGAAGAUCCCUGAGUCGGAGGCAUAAAUCAAAGGAUAAACUUUUCGACAGGAAGGUAGAUAAAACACGAGAGAGAGACCGGUUGAAUCAAGGAGUGUAAAUAAGAAAAAGGAGAGCUAUAAUCUGUAAAGUCUAUCCAGACUAUUUUCAUCCCUUUGCUCUAAGCAUUGUCUGGUAUAGCAUUAAUCUAAAUCAUAGACCAAUCAAAACAGCAGUGCGAUUUUAGUUUCUGGAAAAUCCUGGACGACUUAUGUACUGGCCUAUCUGACAGUAACUGGGAAGGAAGGGCAAAAAAUGAACCAAUUCGUGAUCAACACAUGAUAUACAUAACUAUUAUAGACUUCUUCGUGAGUCCAAAGCAGUUCAUCUGGACAAUGACAAUGUCAAUGACAACGAAUGCAGAUAGCACUACAAUGGUAGCAGAGAAAGGCCUAAAUAAAUCAUUCUUCAAGACUCCACACAAGAUGACCAAAUGACCAAUCUCAGCAUGAGAAAUCCCAUUACCUCCUGAUCUCCUUGUAGCUGCAGAAGUGUUGCUGACCCUUAAGACUACCAUAGAAAAAGAAGAGAAGAACCUACAGUCUGAAUUCUGAGCCAUCAAGACUCAAUGAAGAAUCCUAGAAAUUGCAAAAAAUCAGUGUAACACAGUUAGAAACCUUCAAUGACAAGGUGAGUGAAAUUCUUUCCGAGGAAACACUUCUUGUCAUAAUCUAUAGGAGCACGCACCUAGAAGAUUCAUCAUCAGGAUAGUCAUAAAGGCUCAAAGAAAGGGCCUGUCUUUACCAAGUUGCCUUACCGAAUAUCAACCGACCUUUUGGAUCAA